GAGAAGGGGAUUGGGGCGACGCAAGGGGCGGGAUUCGUGGAGAAAGAUGGCGGCCGCCCGGGGCUUGACCCUAACGGCCUCGGCGCUGAGGUCGGUCACCCCCUGGCGGAGGAGCAGCAGGCUCCUCGCGGCCUCCGCCGGACCUCAGACGCAUCGGGAAGCAUCGUCUUCCAGCCCCGAGGCUGGCGAUGGACAGGUUCACCUCACGGACAGCUGCGUCCAGAGGCUUCUGGAAAUCACCCAAGGGUCAGAAUUCCUCAGGCUGGAGGUGGAAGGAGGUGGAUGCUCCGGAUUCCAAUACAGAUUUUCACUGGAUACAGUUAUUAACCCCGACGACAGGCAAGGAGGAAGGGGUGGGUCCCGGAGAUUGUGCGGGAGGAAUAAAAGUGUCUCCAGUUUAAGGGUAUUUGAACAGGGUGGGGCAAGAGUGGUGGUUGACUCUGAUAGCUUGGCCUUCGUGAAAGGAUCCCAGGUGGACUUCAGCCAAGAACUGAUCCGAAGCUCAUUUCAAGUGUUGAAUAAUCCUCAAGCACAGACAGGCUGCUCCUGUGGGUCAUCUUUCUCUGUCAAACUUUGAUGUGAUGAUAGGUGACCCAGAGGUUGCUACCAUUUGUACCAAUUUGAAGAACCUGGGAUUAGUAGAAUUCCAGAAGUUUCCUUCCAAUCAUGUCCCUCUCUCAGUUUUAUUUCCCACAAUCCAGGAGUGCUGUGUUUUGCCACUAUUAUUUCCAGAAUGUGAAGCUUUUACUCUUGACUUAAUUUCUCCUGCAUGAUUCUAAGGCCAAGCCUCUAGAUGCUGUUACCUAAGAUUUAAUAACUAGUUGAAACCCAGUAUAAUCUGUAGAGCCUCUAAAGUUCCAAAAUCUGGAGUUACUUUCCAGGCCUUUAGAGCUUCUUAUACAUAUUUGUAUAGCUAUGUAUAAAAGCUUCGUUUUAAAGAAAGUCCUUAUUUACUUGUGGUUUGGAUCAAAGUCACAGAUUAGGUAGCUUGGACACUGAUUGCUAGGCCAGAGAGGAUGAGAAAGGCAAAUGAAAUGUUCUCUAUUCAUCUCACCCUUCUUGAAUGUGGUAGUUGACUUAUCCUUAUUUUCUGCGCAGCUCAUUCUCCACUUCCACUUGUUAAAGCACAUACAUUUUCCUCUCACACUCAUGAAUCUGCUAGAUUCACAAAACCAAAAGCUCAUCUGAAAACAGACUUAAGCCCCACUAAUAUCCGAAUCACUUGAAAAAUAGCCUCCGUACUCCAUACUCCCACAGAUAUUUCAAGAUUCUGUGAUCAUUUAGUGACUGAAUCUUUUUAGGAUAUGUUGCUUCACUUAUGGUGAAAGAUGUCUCUGAUCUUAUGUGUAGCAGGAACUGGUCCCUUUGUUGGUAUAGAUGAUAGAUACUUAGGGAUUUUCUUGUAGGUUGGAUGACCAGACAAAAUGCAGGAUGCCUCGUUAAAUUUGAAUUUCAGAUGAACAAAUAAUUUUUAGUAUGAAUGAGUCUCGAAUAUUGCGUGAGACAUACUAAAAAUUAUUUGUUUUCUGAAAUUCGAAUUUAACUGAGAUCCUCUAAAUUUAUUUGUUAAACCUGGCAAGUUUACUUUAGGAUCACUGAAGAAAAAGCAUUUUAAGCCACAAAUUCCCGUGAAUUUUAAUGUACAUGUUUGAGUGUGGAACUUAAAUAGGCUACAACGCUAGUAAUGGCAAUGCUGGGGGAGCCAGAAUUGCGUGGACAGACAACUAAACAAUGACAAAAACACUAUAACCAUGAUGAAUGAUUUAUAAAUACUGAAGUUGGGAAACCACACCCAAGUUGAUUCUGGAAGAAUAUCAUUCUGAGUCUGGGUUAGAAUUAAAGGUGUUAAAUAAAAGGAAUUACCAUUAAAAAUGAAAA